CCUGUGGUUGCUCCCGAGGUCCUUCACAAGUCGUCCCCGGAGUUGUUUCUUUGGGGGGCCCAUCCACGGACAAUCAGGCUCUCCACCUGACAACAAAAGCCCCCAAAACCCGUCUUAAACCGCGCUCUGCCUCGCACCGAGCAAGCUCCUCCGCACCACUGCGUACCGCCACGCACAACCAUCAUACCACGCCGACAGGUCUCUGCAGACCCCCAAAGCAGCGCCGUGUCAGGCAAUCUCUCCCCGCUGCGACACGCCUUGACCCCCCCGCGGGUUCACCCGGCCCUCUGGACCCCCAGCCUGGCAUUCCCGCCCCUCGCCGCCUGAUCGCGGUCGCUGCCUGCCGUGCCUUCAGUGGCCAUGUCCGCCGCCUUCACCAAGCAACCUUCAGAGCAACCACAGACUGCUGGUCCAGGAGCACCUACUGGUGCGGCUGGUUCUGCCUCGUCCGUCGCGGGCGAUCCCCAGCACAAGCGUGUCUACCAGGCAUGCAUUCCCUGCCGCCGGAGGAAGGUCCGAUGCGACCUCGGCAGUGUCGACAACCCUCACGACCCGCCAUGCGUCCGCUGUCGCCGCGAGAGCAAGGAGUGCUUCUUCAGUGCCACGCGGCGCAAGAGAAAAGGUGACGAGGCUCUCGAGGAGUACGACGACGAGUACAUCAUUCGCAAUGGGCGCAAGCGGCACUAUCUCGACGACACUCCUCCCGUGCCGGAGCGGAGGUCAUACAGCAGUGCGCCCUUGACGCCCGGCGGCAGCUCCGGUAGGACUUUGCCGCUGAAAAGACCGAGUGAGGGCCCGGGGCGGCAUGAGGGCAUGUCCAACAGCCACGAGGACUCGAAUGCCCACGUUGAAAAUAUCGAGGCGCAAAGUGUCAUGCGGAAGGAGGUCUACGGCCCGCAUGACGCUCUCGAUCUUCUCUACAAGGCGGCCACAGACAGUCCUCAUGUGUUACAGACACCCCAGGAUAGUGUUUCCUCCACAGCACCCCAGCCCUUGCCAACAGGCCGUCCGCCAAUACGGCCCUCCCGAGAACAGAGUGUCUCGUUUUCCUCCGACCGCAGACCACCUCGUCAGUACCCACGCCCCGCCGCUCCGGUCGACCCUCGAAUCCCAAAGGUUGCCGGGAAGGACAAGCAAGAGAUCGAGAGGAAGCUUGCUAGCGUCGAGCAUGAAGAAGGCUAUGCCGAAGCCCUGCAGGCUUGGUCGCGCUUCCGCUUUGUGCGGGCUGGCUGGUUUACCAAGGAGGAGGCAAUCAAGUAUAUCGUUUACUACUAUGAGUUCCUCUCCCCAUUGACGCCAAUAUCGCCUCCGACAUUCCGUAACCCAGGAUCUCACAGCACGCUCUUGACAGAAGAGCCGGUACUCUCGGUCACACUGCUUACCAUCGCUUCUCGGUACUACUCUAUCAAGACGUCAGGCGGCCAUUGUCGCUCGCAUGCGAUACAUGAAGAGCUGUGGAGAUACCUGAGGAAGAUGAUCGAGCGCAUUCUCUGGGGCCAGGAGGCCUUUGGCGGUGGUUUCUGCGGGUCUGGCGCCGAUGAGUCGGAGACGUCGAGCACUGCGCCCUGGCGAGGCCUGCGGAAAGGCAGCCUGCGAACGCUGGGCACGGUCGAGUCGCUCAUGAUUCUGACUGAGUGGCACCCCCGCGCGCUUCACUUCCCACCUGGUGAGGCCAUUGAUGAGCUUAUGCUGCCAGCUCGAGAUGUCUCUUCUGCCACCCCCGACGACGACAGUGCCCAACGACUUGGCGGUGGCCGGAGAAUCGAGAGCUGGCUUGAGCCUGCGUGGAGAAGCGAUCGCAUGUGCUGGAUGCUACUUAGCAAUGCUAUGGGCCUUGCGUAUGAGCUCGGCGUCUUCGACGACAUCGAGGUGCUACUAGAGAACGACCUCAUCGACAGACCAGAGUAUGAGGACGAAGUGUACCGUCUCAGAGCCACUAGGAUCAAGCGUCUCCUCCUUGUCUACGCCACGCAGUUGGCCGGACGUCUUGGAUGGACUAAUAUGGUGCCCGAAAGCAUCCGCAAAACUGAUCCGGUCUUCUCCAAAUCAAUCCGGCGCCCAACGUCCCAUGAAGGGACCACCCCGCAGACGCACCUCUCCACUGGCUUCAGCUACGUCCCGAAUGUUGAGCUCGACGAUCAGGUUAUCCAAUGCUGGGUCGGAGUGAGCAAUGCCAUGCAUCUUGGCAAUGAGCGCCUCUUCAAAUCACGGAAGCAUACAACCGCAAUUAUCCAGAGCGGCAAGUACGUGGAGCUUCUCAAAGAGUUCGGACCACUGCUGCGCAACUGGUGGGCCGAAUUCGAACGCUUCAACCUCCCUCAAGUCCACCGACACAUCCUUACGAUCGAGUACGAGUAUGUGCGGAUUUACGUCAACUCUUUGGCGCUUCAAGCCGUAGUGGAGAGGAGCACGAGUAAUGCAGUUGGCGGCAAUGCUUCAAAUGGAUACUCGCCACGCGCGCAGAAUUACCUUGGUAACCUACCACUAGGUCAUCUGGGUGGAUUUGGCGCGGCGGACCAGGAAUAUAUCAAAGAGGUCGUUGAGGGCUCUCGAAGUCUGCUGCGGUCAGUCGUAGAAGGUCUCCGGCCUUCAGGCUACCUCCAGCACGCGCCGGUCCGCACGUACUUCAGAAUCAUCAGUGGCGCGAUGUUCUUGUUGAAGACGUUUGCUCUUGGAGCGCCCAAGUCAGACGUCGAGUUCAGCAUCAAUCUCCUCGACCAGACUGUGGAUGCUUUCCGCACAUGCAUUGUCGAUGACAUUCACUUGGGUACUCGCUUUGGUGAUCUCCUCGAAUCUCUCACUGACCGGCUGCGGGACCGUUUCAAGUAUGCGCCAACGAAGACGAACGAUGCAGAUGGCAAAGCCAAUGCGACCAAUGGGGAAGCCCGUGAAGGGGCGAACGGCGAUGUCAAAGUCGAGCCAGCCCAGCUGCGGCCUGGCUUGGCAGUACCUGAACGUGUCUCUACACCGGCCAUAUCAGCCACACCGUUUGACAUGCCUGUCGAUGGCAUUCCAUACCCGCCUGGAGCGACCUCCAUCUUUGGCACGGCGUUUGCUCCGCAGACAGUGAACGGCAAUUCUCUAGAGCCGACAAGUAACCUGGCUGAAAACAACACGUUUGAGGCGCAGAAUGAAUGGACCGUCGACGAUGAACUGUGGUAUCUCCCUCCUGGCCCGGGACUCUUUCAGAACGUCGGCGAGAACAGUAAUGUCACCAUGACUGAUCAAGGCGUUAACAUUGGCGGUGUUGACCUGUUGGAUUACAUGACGAUGGACCCGAUACCUUUUGACACGACAAUGAACGGCGCAGGUUUCUAGUUGGUAUUGAGCGGUGUGUUCCCGGAGGACAGUUGGACAAGAUUGAAAGUGCCUUCAUGUCUCGAAGGUGAUCAAGCAGUCGUGAGUCGAGCAAGGCACUUGCUGGUCGCUGCGCUUAGGAGCGGCGGUCGCAUUGAGGGACGAGCGACAGGAGUUUGGAGCAGGAAAAGCCAUGAUAUCCCUUGCUUUUGAGCGAACAAGGCCUGCAGGCUUGCAACCAAAAGAAAUGGUGGGAACACCAUCGCAACGAGAAAAGAUCAAUAGACAUCCCACCAUGACGUUGCCUCAAGUGGGCUUACAGCGUCAUCAUUUCAGGCGGCACAUCCACGAGUGACUGAGCGGUUCGAUCGCGUCGUUGCACACGUUUGCCUGGGUGAGCUUCCAGCGUC